AUGAAUUUGAUCUUACAUGCACUUGUGAUCCUGGCAAUGGUGCCAUUUUGUAUUGCUUCAACGUCCAAUGCUAUCAUGUAUAGGAUGUAUAUAACUAAUGGCAUCGAAGAUAAUAUUGAAGUUCAUGUCUUUGGCAAAGACCAAGACUAUCAAGGACAACGUACACUUGCUUUUAAUGAAGAGUUUGAUUAUAAGAUUCGUGUCAAAGUUGGCACGAUUUCUAGGGUGGAAAUAUCUUUGAAGUUCAAAGAUGUUAUUGGUUAG